UGGCCAUUCACUCUCCACACAUACAUUUUGUACACAUUUAUAUUUGCUCUCUAUAUACUUCCUUCGUCCCAGUAUAUUUGUCUAUUUUGACUUUUUUGAGUCAAACUGGUUAAAAUGUAUUUUUAACAUAAAAUGACUUUAUUGAGUUUAUCGUAAUGAGAACUUACAAAAUUGUGUUUCAUUAUGCUAAUAUGCAAUACAAGUUAGGAGCAAGUGAAUUAAGAAAAAAAAUUCUCUUCUCCAUGAAGUCGCCGGAGAUGAACAGUGCCGCCGCCGGAAAAGCGUCGUCGAAGGGGAUGAAGGCGAUCUCGACGAGCCGGGGGAUCGGAGGCGUGCUCAGAGAACAAAGGGCGCGGCUGUAUAUCAUUAGGAGAUGUGUGGUCAUGCUUCUAUGCUGGCACGAUUGAUUUCUGGAAACCAAACCGCCUAAACCGGUCGCGCUAAACCGGGUCGAGCCGGGGGCGAGGGAUUCGCCUUUUUUGUACUCCGUAUUUGUUUGUACAGAAGAAUUAUAGAGAAGGAAAGAAAUAUAGAGAGCGGAGGAACAUUUUCUUCUGUUAAUUUUGUAUCUGGUAGCAGAAUUUAAUAGAGAAGAGGUGGUUGAUUCAAGAUUGGGUUUAUACCUUUAUAACGUUCACCGCACUUCUUUUGACAUAAAUGCUGCGAUAAUAUUUUCAUAUCGAGUAAACUUAGGCCCCGUUU